UUGUAUUCCGCAGAUGUCCUAGUUUUGUUUAAUGAAUUUUCUUGAGAAAAUCGUGCCGUGAAAGGAAAUGAAUCCUUAUGGUUCCGUGGAUGGUCAUAGAACGCUUGGCAAUCCUGGUGUGGGUCAAGCGCCACCAACAAUAACUCACAGCUUCCAGCCGUUGCAGCCCGUUGGAUCACCCACCAGGUUACCCGACGUUGUUCAACCUCCAAUGCCUCCGACUCCGUCUUUUCGUCCGCCACAGCCGCAAGUUGUGCAGCAAGGACCUCCGGUGGGCCUGUACCCGGGGACCCAAGGACCACAGCCAUCGUAUCCGAGUCCUGUUUCCGGUCCACCGUUCCCCGGAUAUGGACAAAAUGCCCCUCAGGCGAUGGCCCCUCAACAAUACCCACCACAGCAGCAGCCUCUCUAUGGAUCAUACCCUACAGAUGCACCCGUGCAAGCAAGUACCAUCAACCCAAUGCAACCACAACAACCACGACAAGGCUAUUGGGGAGAUGUUAAUCAAUUGUCCCAGGGAAUGGCUGGGAUGAGUGUGAACCAGGGUUUCAAUGCUGGUUGGGGCGUCGCGCCGAUUGACCUCCUCCAGAAUCGCCAUAUCAUACCGCCAAAUCCGGUUAUCGAGCCUCCGAAAAUUACCUUGCAGAACGAGUAUUGGAGCAGUGUGAACUGCGAGUCGGAUAUAUUUAGGUGUACGAUGACGAAAAUUCCAGAAACGUCGGGAUUGCUGCAGAAGUGUCGACUGCCUCUGGGCAUCCUCAUCCACCCGUUCAAGGAUCUCCCACGUUUGCCAGUGGUCCAGUGCAAUACGAUUGUCCGUUGCCGAGCAUGCAGAACCUACAUCAACCCAUUCGUCCACUUCAUCGAUAAACGCCGCUGGAAAUGCAACCUCUGUUUCCGCUCCAACGACGUCCCCGACGAAUUCCUCUUUGACCCGAAAAGCAGUACCUACGGCGACCCAGGCCGCCGCCCCGAGCUCCAAUCCGCCACCAUAGAAUUCAUCGCUCCUUCGGAAUACAUGCUCCGACCGCCGCAACCCGCCGCCUACGUAUUCCUCCUCGACGUGUCCUGGAACGCCGUACAAUCUGGCUAUUUGAAAAUCGUGUGUGACACGUUGCUCGCGCAUUUGCCCGACCGUUUACCCGGGGACUCGAGAACUUUGGUGUCAUUUAUCGCUUUCAAUUCCGCUCUGCAUUUCUUCGCGUUGUCGCCGGAGUGUUCGCGUCCGAAGUUGAUGACUGUGAAGGACGUGGACGACGUUUUCUUGCCGACCCCGGACACGUUGCUAGUGAACCUCGCGGAGAUUGGCUCGUGUGUCGAGGAUCUUUUGACUCAGUUGCCGAUGAUGUUCAACGAACCGGAUGCGGGAAAUGCUUUGGGAGCUGCGUUGCAGGCUGCGCACAAACUCCUUGGUCCCAUCGGAGGACGUGUGACAGUGUUUCAAACCCAAUUGCCGGAUGUGGGGCCGGGUGCGUUGAAAUCCCGCGAAGACCCGAACCAGCGAGCCGGGAAGGACGUGCACAACCUGAACCCCGCGACGGAUUUCUAUAAAAAGUUAGCUUUGGAUUGCUCUGCGCAACAGAUUUGCGUGGACUUAUGGCUCCUGAGCGGGCAAUACGCCGACUUGGCAACUCUCAGUGGAAUUUCCAAGUUCUCCGGUGGCUGUAUUCAUUAUAUACCCGGUUUUCACGUGACGAGAUUUCCCCUGAGUGGUGAAAAGUUGGAGGCGGAGUUGGGGCGGUAUUUGAGUCGGAAGAUCGGCUUCGAAGCCGUGAUGCGAGUCCGGUGCACCAGAGGCCUGGCUGUGCACACUUUCCACGGGAAUUUCUUCGUGCGAUCCACGGAUUUGCUUUCGUUGCCCAACGUGAACCCGGACGCGGGGUUCGGAAUGCAGGUUGUGAUCGAAGAAGCGUUGACCGGUGUCCAGAACGCGUGUUUCCAAGCCGCAGUGUUGUACACGUCUAGUAAAGGCGAGCGGAGGAUCCGAGUGCACACGCUUUGCUUGCCAGUGAGUGGGUCUUUGCCGCAGUUGUUGCACAGUGUGGACCAGGAGGCCGUGGUUGGGCUCCUGGCGAAAAUGGCGGUGGAUCGGACUGUGACGGCGUCGUUGACGGACGCCAGGGAAGCCUUUGUGAAUAUGGUGGUGGAUAUGUUGAGUGCUUUUAGGGCGGCAGAAGGCGGCGGUGGGAUGGGGCUGACGAGUGCGCCGAACGCGAGGUUGAUCCCGGUUUACGUGCUCGCGUUGAUGAAGAGUGUGGCGUUUAGAGUGGGAACGAGCACGAAACUGGACGACAGAGUGUUUUCGAUGUGUCAGAUGAAGGCGAGUUUUACUUCCUUGCCAUUAGCCGACCUUAUCCUGAUGGUGUAUCCUUGCCUGUAUCCCGUGCACAACAUGAGCGACGAGGACGCCAUCGUCGAGUCCGACGGAGAAAUAAUCCCGCAACCGCCGCGUCUCCCGCUGACGUACGAACGAAUCGACUCUGGCGGCGUUUAUCUCAUGGACUCUGGCGACAAGCUCACUUUUUAUGUGUGUCGAGCCAUCAACCCUGCCUGGAUCCUCGCCGUCUUCAACGUCCACCACUUUUCGCACAUUCAAGACGGGGCUAUCGAUUUGCCAGAGUUGGACACUCGGGAAUCGAAGCGCGUGCGAAGCUUUUUGGGCCACUUGCAAGCGCAGAAGUUUAUGCCGGCGACGCUGGUGGUGAUGCGAGAAGAUAGCAAGGAUCGCAUGGACUUCGUCCACAGGCUCGUGGAGGACAAAUCCGACUGUGGGUCGUCGUAUUACGAAUUCCUACAGAUGCUCAAAGGGCUAGUGAAAUGAUCGCGGCUUCACUCUUAGCAAUGCUAUUUUUUCUCCUCCUCUUCCUCCUCGAGGUUUCUUUUUAGUUUGUUCUGUCUCACUCUUUUUUCCCCUUGAUAUACGUAUGCAUACAUAUAUAUAUGUCUAUAUAUUCACUGUAUUUUCUGCUGGAUUUCGAAGGUGUUGUUUUGGGGAGGUCACGGAAUCGUGGGUAUCAUGUGUUUGCUAGGAGAAACAGUUCAGUUCGCCUAGUCCCGUUGCGUGAUUUCUUUUAAUGUUUGCUCUCCCACUUUUGCCCCGGUUUUGAACGCUUGGUGAUUUUCGAAGCCGUUGGUUCAGGACUUGAAAGUGGUUUUUUUUUCGGCUUACCAAUACUUAUUUUGAUGAAGAAAAGCCUUGAACUCCUAUCCUUGUGAUGCGGGUAAAGGCGGUGGAGCAGUUUAUUUAGGUUAGAAUUGUCAACGGUUUGGUUGUACCCCCUGUGUCCCAAAUCAUUGUUUAAUCGAUAAUAGUAUAAAAAACAGGGUCUUAAUAUUGUGUGAUGCUUAUUUAGGCUAGAUUAGGUUUUUUUUUAAACUUUUCCACAGUUGCACAUUGAUUACUCGGACGAAAACCCCCAUAUGUCGAUUUGUCUUUUGGUCUUGUCUGAAUACCCUUGAAAAUAGUGCUAUCUAAACCUCCCUGACUCGAAAGCUUUUCCUCGAAUGUCUAUAAGCGACAUCUGCCUGUCUUUUCAGAAACCUUCGCCCAUAUCCAACCGGGAUUACAUUCGAAAAGUGCCAAGACUUCAAUUUCAUGACUGAAAGUUCUUUCACGUGUUCCCUUUGCAAGAAUUCUGAUGUAUCCCAAUUUUAAAAUUUAGUUCGAUUGCGUUGUCCGCGUGAAUGAUGAAAAAUAUUUCGUCAUGUUUCAUUGAUACCGAAGAAAUCCACUCGGUGCAGUUCGCAAUUUUCUGAGUUACUCAAAUCGAUCUAGGAAGAAGUAUUUCUCCAAUUAUCAAUUUGUAUAAGUAUUUAUAUCAUGCCGCGUGUGAUUUUGCAUGCGACAAAAAGAAAAUGGUCUAAAUUUCGGAAAAUACGCAAUCGAAUCAACAGGAUUUUCAAACUUUUCGUGGUUCUAUUUUGAACGAUGUUCCUUCGACUAUUCAUCUUGGUCGCAUUUCUUUGUCGCAAAGUGAAUGUUGGUAAGCUCGAAAAAGAUACUAAAAUUUGGGGAGCUUAUUUAUAAUUUUGCUGCACAUUCCAUACCAUAGGGAAAAAAAUGGUGAUUUCGUUUUUUCCUUCUCCCGACUCGGAGAUGAACCGGAAACUGCAGCUAUCUAAGAGGCGUCGUCGUCGUGACCCGUGUGUCGGAAGUGCCUGGGACGAGGGAGCGAAGCAUUUUAAUCAGAGGGUGGUUAUAAGAAGAAGAAGAAAAAGAUUAUUGCUUGACUUUUGCGAAAUGGGUUGGAUAGCGGAAUCCCGCGUAUUGUCUCCGAUGCGUGCUUGAAAGGAAAUUAGGAUUUUAUUCUUUUCCGUGCAUGAUUAAGCAGUUGAACUACGAUUAUCUGUGGGUGUGAUGGCCGGAAAAUUGGAUUCUCUGGAAAAUGCUUUCAUCCUUGAGGUAAAAUGCGUUCAGUAAUCUCUUGGUGUACUAUCAGCGAUGUUUGGAAGUGCCUGUUUACUUGGUGAAUCAGAAGGGACUGAAGUACAGUACUGUAAAACCAUUUAAACUCAGUUUACGGGAAACUUGAAAAAAAAAGUACUUCGAAAGCCCGAUUAAUCGGUGAUUUUGUGUAUUUCUUUUUACACUUCUGAUUUCCCCGCGGUAUUUUCGUGUUUUUUCCUGAAUUGAACGUUUUAUUUUGAAGGAUUUCGUUUACUAAAGCCCAUUAUUGGUACGUUUUCAGGAUAUUUCGCCAAUGGAAUGUAUCACUGUUUAUCAAGCCUUGAAGACCUCUGUGAAAUCAAUUUAUCAUGCCUGAUUUCGCGAUUUUGCCCUUUAUUUGAAAGAAUGAUUUUUCUCAAGAGACAGCCGUCUUUAGGGGGGCUUUGAUUUCUUCGUGAAAUAAUUUUUUCCCGUUUUCCAACUUGAAAGAAAUCCAAAUAGAAUUGUUAAAUGCAAAGUUUUAAUCCCUCGUUAGAAUUCUUUCUGUCGAAGCUUUUGACGAUAUUGGCAUUUUUUGUUUGAGAACGAUUGCCUUGCUGAUGAAAUGUGAAAUAUCUUGGCGGAAUCACUUUAUCUUUUUCAUUGCGAGAUUGAUUUUCCAGGGGAGAGGAGUUUUUUUUUUUUUUCGAUGUGUUUAUUUCAUAGAAGUGGUUUUCUGGCGGUGUGAAAACUUCUUCGUGAAUUAACAGUCUGUGUGAAAUCAGGGAAUCUAUGUAAUCUUUUCUCUAUUUCAUUAAUCAUAAAUUAAAUGAAAGAUGAUCGAAUUAUUCUAUGAACUGAUUUUACGGAUCUUGGCGUUUCGUCGUGGAUAACUUUCUUGUCGACCUUUUUAACAAAAUCAUUUUGUCUUUGUGUCCCACGAGUUUAUCGUUCAUCCUAGCAGAUGAUUUAUUCAUUUGGUUUAUGUUUUCGUUCGGAGGUGUACGAAAUUUCUUCGGGAAUUUAUUUGCUGAUGUCGAACGUGAAAUGAGUCGACGGAAUCCAUCUCAUCACAUCAUCCUGCGAUGUUAUCCUUCUUUGAAAGAAUUGAUUUUUUAAGGGAUUUAUUUUGCCGGAGCGUUUGGCGGUAUUCGGAUUUCUUCGUGGAUUAAGUGUCUUGCUGUUGUCAAACGUGAGCACGGAAAAGAAAAGGGAGGUCACGGGACCGUCGUUAGCUUGGAAA